UUUUUUGCACUUGACGUUGGAUUGGUGUGUGAUUACGUGAAUACUAAACAUACCUAUUUUUGCGAAUUGCCUCAAUAAAAUGUACGCACGUUCACGCGCUGUUAGCCCUUUAAUCCGCCGCGCCUAUAGCCAGGCACAAAGAACGACUGGAGGCGCUAAGACUCCAGCCAGCAGCGGAAGUGCCGGAGCAAGUGGCAACGGCCCAUCAGUGAGCAAUGUUACAGGCCUAAGCAGCUCCUGUGUGAAACCAACUAGUUCGCCUGUGGGUCCUGGAGCGACAGCCAGUGGCGAUUACAAGGUGCCCGAGUACUUUUCCUUCAAUCGCUUCACUUACGCGGAAGCCGAGGUGGAAAUGGCCAAAUAUCGCUGCCCACAGCCAUCGGCGUUAAGAAAGUAGAAAGGAAAGGCGAUACAGAUAAAAAAUACAUAUAUAUGUACAUGUUAACCAAAUAGCAAAUCAAAUAAAACAUAAUUAUAAAUAUGUAAAAAUACAUACAUAUACAUA